AUGCGAUUCUCGCGGUUGCUGUGCUGCGGUGUACCCGACGACAAUGGCGAAAAGGCCAGCCCUUCUCCACCCCCGGCAUACCGCAGCAUCGACGGCAAUCCAGACGCCUCGAAGCAGUCCCUCCCCAUCCCCCAGCACACGCGGAUAGCCUUCAACAUAUCGCCGCCCCCCACACUGCCCAGCGAUCCUGAUGUGAUUGCCGGAAAGGCGAACACCCUCGCUUCCCAGAGCAGGGGGGAUUUACGCAGCCACGACAGCCAUGACGCCCACGAACACGAAAGGAACAGGGGCCUGCAUCGUUCGCGGUACCAGGGCCCGGCGCAGAAGAUGCCUGGGAAUACCUUCCUCAUGCCCAACGGCCAGAAAAUCACCCUGAAUACCAACGAUGACCUUGUCCAGGCGACGCUUGCGGCGGCGCAGACGAGCGAUCAGGCCCUGGAUCAAUGGCUCGAUAUGGGCUAUGGCAUUGAGAUCAGAGACUCGAAGAAGCGGACGGCUGCCAUGUGGGCCGUGCUGCAGAAUCGGCCCGAGGCAGUACGGCGCUUGGUCGAGAGGGGUGCGCAGGUGAACCUGGCCACGUCCCAAUCAUCUACGGAAUUGCACCAUGCGGUGUCGGAGGGGGAUCGGAAGAGGGUGGCCACGCUUCUGCAGUACGGGGCGGAUGUCAAUGCCGCGGACGAGGAUGGCAAUACCCCCCUACACUGCGCGCUGAACCGCUGGUUGAAGACGGAUCAGCGCGAGGAUUUCUCCGUCAUCAAGUCCCUGGUGGGCAAAGGGGCGAAUCUGGAAGCUCACAACCGCAUGCAUCUACGCUGA